AUGGUCUCGCGCCAAUUGCUGCAUAGCUUUCGGUACCUUCGAUUUCGCAGCGCUAGCACCCAUGCCGAUGCCAAUCAUGCGGUUAAGAAGCUAGACCUUUUAGCUAUUGACAAGAGGUGGAAAGAGAGAUGGAGGGAAAGCGGCUCCUCAACUCAACCGCCCGGCAAUGGCAAGGAAAAGGCCUACGUGCUGCCCAUGUUCCCUUAUCCAUCGGGGACCUUGCAUAUGGGACAUGUCCGAGUAUACACCAUAUCCGACGUUCUAGCUCGGUUCAAGGAGAUGAAGGGCUACGAUGUUUUGCACCCAAUGGGAUGGGAUGCAUUCGGGCUUCCUGCGGAGAAUGCGGCGAUGGAGCGUGGGAUUCAUCCAGAAGGUUGGACAAAGCAGAAUAUAGCUAACAUGAAGGAUCAAUUGAAAGACUUGGGGAUAAGAUUUGACUGGGAUACGGAAAUCAUGACUUGCGCUCCCGAAUUCUACAAACACACACAGCAAUUAUUCCUAAUGCUCCAGAAAAGGGGUCUCGCAUACCAGGCAGAGGCAUUGGUGAAUUAUGAUCCUGUUGACAAAACCGUUUUGGCGAACGAACAGGUAGAUGCCAAUGGAUGCUCGUGGAGGUCUGGUGCAAAAGUCGAGAAGAGAGAAUUAAAACAGUGGUUUUUCCGGAUUACUGCUUUCAAAGAAGAAUUGCUUAAAGACCUGGAUUCUUUAUCCGGGAACUGGCCAGACAGGAUCCUCACAAUGCAAAGGCACUGGCUUGGAAAGUCGCGAGGUGCUCUUGUUCCGUUUAAGAUAUCUGCCCUGGAAGAAUCUCUUGAUAUUGAAGUGUUUACCACCCGUCCUGACACGCUUCACGGCGUCCAGUAUAUUGCCUUGUCUACCAGCCAUCCGAUAGUAAAGAAGCUAGCAGCAACCACGCCUGAACUUCGACAAUUCAUCGACUCUUCAGGAUCAUUGCUACCAGAGACAAAAGCAGGGUUCCGGCUACCUGGUGUCAAUGCCACCAACCCAAUUUACAGCCUAGAAGACAACCCACAUUUACCAUCUUCUAUUCCAGUUUAUGUUGCCCCUUACGUUCUAGCGGAUUACGGAGAAGGAGCCGUCAUGGGUGUUCCUGGCCAUGAUUCUCGGGACUUUGGGUUUUGGAGAGAGAAUGCCCCGUCCAAGCCCAUUGUUUCUGUGGUUAUUCCAACCAAGGGAGGCUUGGAUGCCGAGGAUAAAUCUGGUGCUAAUGCGCCAUUCUCAGGCCAUGGGAAGACAGCCAACAUAUGUGGAUCUUAUAGUGGAAUGCCUUCUAAAGCUGCCGGGGAAAAGAUAAUAAACGACUUGAAAGAAAAAGGAAACCAUGCAAGAUUUGCUGAGAGUUGGAGGCUCCGCGACUGGUUAAUAAGCCGACAACGAUAUUGGGGCGCUCCUAUCCCAAUCAUUCAUUGCGACAGCUGUGGGGCUGUGCCAGUUCCUGUAGACCAGCUGCCAGUUGAACUACCCGAUAUUCCAGGUUCCCAGAUGAAAGAUAAAACUGGAAACCCUCUUGAGGCUGCGAAAGAGUGGUUACACACAGAAUGUCCAAGCUGUGGGAAACCAGCAAUAAGAGACACUGAUACUAUGGACACUUUCGUGGAUUCAUCGUGGUAUUUCUUGCGAUUUCUGGACCCAAAAAAUAAAGAGCUACCGUUCUCGCCUGGGAAAUCUCGUCCUGUUGACAUAUACAUCGGUGGAAUCGAACAUGCUAUUCUCCAUCUACUUUAUUCUCGUUUCAUUUUCAAGUUUCUUGCCAACGAAGGCGUGAUUGAAAAUGCACGGAACCCACCAGAACCAUUCCUAACACUCUUAUCUCAAGGUAUGGUUCAUGGUAAGACUUACUCAGACCCUGAAACCGGCCGAUUCUUACGCCCGGGUGAGGUCGACCUUUCUAUCCGAGGUUCGCCCAUGCUCACCGGAACCCAAACCCAAGCCAAUGUUUCCUUUGAGAAAAUGUCAAAGAGCAAGUACAAUGGAGUAGAUCCGAAUACUUGUAUUGAAAAAUACGGCGCGGAUGCUACUCGCGCGCAUGUUCUCUUCUCCGCACCAGUCAGUGAAAUCCUAGAAUGGGAUGAAACCAAGAUCGUGGGAAUUCAGCGCUGGUUUAGUCGUGUUUGGAAAAUCGUCGAGGAUACAAGUGGCUCCCUCAAGGGAGCGAAUUUCGCAUCUACUACGGAGAGCUUAGCAAACUUGAAUGGCAUGGCAUUGCCGUCUCUAGACAAACUCUCGGAAACCGAGAGCAACCUCCUUCUUAGCGCACACAACACUAUAUCAUCAAUAUCGUACUGUCUGGAGAAAAACCAAUACGGCCUCAACACAGUUAUUUCCGACCUGAUAAAACUUACCAAUGCGCUUGCAACGGCUCCUUUGCCUGCUGGGGCUUCAGAUGUAUCAUCAACACAAUCCGUUACACCCUCGCACGUAACAAUGUAUAUAGCACUCAACACUCUCCUCCGACUGCUGGCGCCAAUUGCCCCCGCAUUCGCUUCGGAAUGUUGGGAGGUUCUACACAGGCCUAUUCUUGAAGGCGUUGACCUGCAGGCACCUUCAGCCGUCCCGUCGAUUUUCUCUUCUCCGUGGCCUACCGAGCUGUUGUCAGAGGCUGAGAUCAAACAAAUACGCUCUCGCGGAGCCAAGACAGUGGCUGUCCAAGUCAAUGGGAAGCUCCGUUUUAAGGCAUCUAUACCACACUUUUCCGCAGUGAGUGCUACAGAGUCAAAUCAUAAGGAACUAGAGCAGGAGUGGAUACUAUCCCACAUUCUCAAGACAGACGAAGGAAAGGUCUGGCUUCAAGAAAAGAACGAUUGGGAAAAUCGGAAACGGGUUGUGGUUGUGGGUGGCGGCAAGGUGGUUAAUGUUGUAUUCUAG